ACGGCGCCGCAGUAUAUAAUAAUGCAGCCUUCAUUUCAAUCCCUACCUUGAAAACAUAGAUUUUUGUUCGAGUGAGGGCCAGCGUGCGAGUAUACGAGAGCGGCCAGUGAUGGAGAAAUGCACCAACUUGGCGGAAAUGAAGGAGUGGUGCCGUGCAAUUCCCAAGAUAGAGCUCCACGCUCACCUCAAUGGCUGCAUCCGAGACUCCACGCUUCUGGAGCUUGCUAAACUGCUCGGUGAAAAGGGUGUAAUCAUUUUUGCUGAUGUAGAGCAUGUGAUCCGGAAAUGUGGCCGAUCCCUGACGGAGUGUUUCCAGCUUUUUGAUUUGUUCCACAUACUUGCAACUGACCAUGAAACAAUUUCAAGGAUCACAAAGGAAGUUGUUGAAGAUUUUGCGGCUGAAGAAGUUGUUUAUUUGGAACUAAGGACAACGCCGAAGAACAAUGAAGCAAAGGGUAUGACAAAGCGUUCUUAUAUGAAGGCAGUUAUCAAUGGCCUUAGAUCUGUUGACACUGUGGAUGCUUCUUUCAUUAACUUGAAUGGAAAGACAGAAAGCUUCUGUGAACCCAUGCAAAAAAGCUGUACAACUUGUAUGGAAAAGAAAAAGAUAUAUGUUCGCUUACUUCUGAGUAUUGACCGCCGCGAAACGACAGCAGCAGCCAUGGAGACGGUUUGUUUGGCUUUAGAAAUGAGAGAGUUUGGGGUGGUUGGGAUUGAUCUUUCUGGCAAUCCUGUUGUUGGGGAAUGGAAUACUUUUCUGCCAGCUUUGAAGUAUGCUAAAGAGCAGGGCCUUCCUGUUACUCUUCAUUGCGGAGAGGUAUCUAACAAGAUGGAAAUCCAAGCAAUGUUGAAUUUUUCUCCUGAUAGAAUUGGUCAUGCUUGCUUUCUUGAUGAGGAUGACUGGGAAAAGGCUAGAUUAUCACAAAUCCCAGUUGAGAUAUGUCUAACAUCCAAUCUUAGGACCCAACGUCUCUCGUCGAUACAUGUUCAUCAUUUUGCUAAUCUUUACAAUGCCAACCAUCCACUGGUCUUAUGUACUGAUGAUACAGGCCUGUUCUCCACUAGUCUUUCCAAUGAGUAUUACCUUGCUGCUGAGACCUUCGGGCUUGACAAAAAAGACAUGCUUCAGCUAGGUGCAAAUGCUAUUGAAUUUGUGUUUGCUGACAGUGAAGUGAAGAAGGCUAUUAGAGAGAUCUUUCGGGCAUUUGAGAGAAGACUUGCUGAUGAGUUUCCUUCAUGGAAAUCAUGACUAGGCUUACCAUAUAAUGAAGCUCACAAUCAAAACAUUUGCUGACUUGCUUAUUCUUUUCAUAGUAUGUGAUGUCAGUAACAUUAUUAUUAUGCAUUGAUAUCCAUCAUUCAACAAUAUUAUCUUUUUAUGCAAUUAUCUUUGGUAUUA